UAUCAAUUGAUGUACAUACGAAUAAACCAUAUGUGUAUGCAAUACAAAUGUAAAUUGUUGAUAAAAUAAAUAGGUACUCCAACCUCACGUGGAUUUUAGUCACUUGUCAGUGUAAAUUUAAAAAUAUAACAAUUGUUAUGAUAACUAAGAAGAAAAUAAAUGAUUGAUUUAUUAAAUAUUGAAUUACUUAUUUGAAUAAUAAGUGAUGUUACGAAUCGAGGUCACAUCAUACGAUUCAGUAUUUAUAAUAUAUCAGAAACCAGUUUGUUAUUAAGUCUGAAUUUAUUGCAUAAUGUUAAUAGGCAGAUAACAACGUCAAAAUUGUCAUAUACUCAGUAUAAAAUGCAUAUGAAGUGGUCAAAUUCGUGAGCUUCUGAUAAUUUUUAAUUACAAUAACAGCAAAAAAAUUAAGUAUUAACGUUUGAUGUCAUGAUAUUGUGUAUUUAAGUCAUUCAAGAGAUAUCUUUUAUAUAUACUGGAUACUCUACUCAGUGAAAUAAAAUUAAGUAAAAAUUUAAAAUGCCUUCAAGACUCAGUAAAUUUAUGAUUGAUACAAACAGUUGUAAGGAUUUUACACAUCCUUGGACAGACUCAUGUAUGUCUGCUCAAGUUGGACUUGGGCUUCAUGCACUUCAAGAAUCCCUUAGAAUAUAUUCAACAGUUUACUUGAUAGCAUUAUUGAUGAGAAGAAAAAUACCUUCAAAAAAAGAUAUACUGAGAACAAUUCUUGGUAUUUUACAAUCAACAGCUUUUUUAUCAUGGAGUGCAUAUACAUAUCCUGUAUUUAUUUGUACUUUAAGAAAAUUAUUAGGAAAUUUUAAUAUUAUAACGGUGUCAUUUCUUCCAUCCUUUCUCUCCAGUCUUGCUGCGAUAAUUAUAGAAAGACCUUCUAGAAGAACACUAUUAUGUUUGUAUGUCGCGAAUAUUGCAACAGAAACAUUAUUUCGAAUGAUUGUAUGGCGAGGUUACAUCGAACCAAUACCAUAUGGAAAUGUUUAUAUUUUUGGAGCCAGUAUGGCCACACUUCUUUAUUUCUUUCGUAGCGAAAAGCCAAAAAGUGAUUCGAUAUUUAAGAUUCUUAAAUUUAUCGUCGGCCCUUAUGACGAUCCUGAAAAUGCAAAGCGACAAGUUUUAUAUUCUGAACCAUCAACUAGUAAAAAUAUAAACUAUCAAAUGAAUCAUAAAACUGACAUUAAAAGAAGAAAAAUUCAUUCUUACAAUUUAAUCCAAGAAUCAUUGAAAGUUUAUCAAAAUUUAAUAAACUGGAUUAAAAAUUGCGCGCGACAUAAUUCGUGUCCUCAUCCGUACAGUUGUUUACAUUUUAUUCUCGGAGGAAGUGUUAAAAUGUUUGGUAUUGGAUUAUGUACUCAGCUAGGAUUGAAUUUAAUAUUUAAAUUUAAAAAGUUUAUGACGAAACCUAGUUUGCUGAAGGCGGAAUUGUUUAAAAAAAAUAAUUUUAACUUGGCGCUAUUUAUUGGUGGAUUUUCUGGAAUCUAUCGGUUAGCGUCAUGUUUAUUGAGAAAUGUAAGUAAUAAAAAUUCAAGACUUCACGCCAUACCCGCUGGUUUAAUAGCAAGCGUUUCAUUUGCAAUGUUUCCAAAUAAUACGAUAGCGUUGUACGUUAUGUGGAAAUCUUUACAGCUUCUGUGGAAUAAUGGCGUUGAAGCAGGAAAGUUACCGGAAAUAAAGUGGUUUAAUAUUUUUUUCUAUUGCUUUUGUACAGCUAUACUUUUUCAUGCAGCUAUUAUUGAGCCACAAAAUCUACGCGGAUCUUAUUGGAAAUUUUUGUGUACUAUAUCGGGUGGAAGAGUCGCUGCUAUGGCACGUAAACCUCUUGAUCCAUUUGGUUUGGAAACCUCUCGACAUCUUCAAGAAGUUUUAAAAAAAACCAAUACCACAGAUUACUUUCCGUACUCAUAUUAAAAUUUAUAUAUAAUAUAAUUUUAAUCUUUGGUAUUAUUGCCACAAAAAAGCGCUAAGUGAUCUCGUAAGUAAAAUGAAACGUAAGAAUAUAUAAUCAAAAUAAGAUUGGUGUCUACGAUAAUUAUAACGUAAAUUAAAUUGCAAUUAGCAGCCUGAACAAUGCAUUAGGAUAAAGAAAUUUUGUUAUGAAUUUAUAAGGGUCCAAUUCAAUCUUAUAUUUAAAAAGAUUGAAACCAAAGAAUUGAAGUAAAGGUUUUAAUUGAUUUAAAGACGAAAUGCAUUUUAAAAUUUAAAAAUCUUUAACUUUAGUAGAUUUGUUAAAUAUUUAGGCUGAGCCUAAUAGAUUAUAAGUAAAUUUAAUCCAAUAUUUACUACGCUAUUAGCAUAAUUUACGUGUUCCUGAGGUUAGCAGACAAUUAACAAUUUCCGAUUUUUUUUUUUUUCAACAACUUCAAUUAAGAAAAAAAAAAAAAAAAAAAUAUGCACAUGUAGAAAAUUUUAAAAAUCAAAAAGUUAUUAGACGUCGGCUAAUUUCAGUAUUAUAAUUUACAAAUAUCUUAUCUUUGCUAUGUCGAUAUAAAUGUUCACAACGAAUAACCGUCCACUCCUCGUUAUUUAUAUUGAUUGAAAUAAAAUAUGAUGUUAAUUAAAUUGAAAUAUUAUUUAAAUGUCUACAAAAAAUAGCAAUUAUUAAAAAUAUAUAAUUAAACUUAAAAAAAAAAUGGUGCCUAGGUAUUGUGAUAGUUAAUAUUUUUUUAUACUGUUAGCUAAGCUUUGACUUAUUAUUAC